AAAAGACAUAAUAGAAUAUUUUUAGAAUUGCAAAAACAAGUGAAAAAUGAAGUGAAUAAUAACAUUUAUACAUCUUUUUAUUUAGCUAAACCUAUUAGAAUUAAAUUUCAAAAUUUUCAUGUAAAAAUUAACUUUAAUUGUAAUCAUUUCAUUAUGUUAUAUAUGAACUAAGUAAAAAUGCCACGUCCACUCUUAAAAGAUACAAUCAAAAGCGAAUAUGUUAUCGAUGAAAAUCAUAAACCAUCGAAUAAAACAAUUAAAUUUAAAAAAUCUGUAACUACAACAAGUCGUAAAUUUAGUUCAACUGUGAAAAAUCGAGAUCGUUUAGUAGGAGGAGCAGAUGCUCCUGAGGAACAAAAAGACAUAUUGAAACUGCCAGAAGAAACGGAAGAAAAAACUCGUGCAGCUGGACCAUGUUGUACUUGUUUGGCACAAGUACCAGGAACAACCGGAGAUAAGAAGGUGGAUGAAAUUAUUGAUUAUGUACAUCAAAAUUUACAAGAAGCGGGUAAAGCAUUGGCUACCUUAGGCGAAAAUUUUGAGCACGAUUCAAAGUUGAUGUUCGUCGAUAUACUUGGUCGAAUACAACAAUGGAGCGGUUUGGUUCAAAACAAAUUGGAUAUUUGUAACAAUGAAAUCGAAACAUUGCGUGAAGAAUUAAUAGCACGAGCUUGUGAAAUCGAAAAUCUAAAGAAUUUAUUGGGAGAAUGCGAGAAAGAACGUGAGGCCGCUCUAAUUCAAGCGGCUAAAGCACAAGAAGAAGCAAUUGAAAUUAGCGAACGUUUUGAAAAUCAUAAAAAACAAGAAGAAGAAAGAAAAAAGAUAAUUCCAGAAAUAACUCCAAAAGAAAUAAAAGAACCAACAGAAAUAAAAGAACCAAAAGAAGUAAAAGAACCAAUAGAAAUAAAAGAACCAAAAGAAAUAAAAGAACCAAAAGAAAUAAAAGAAGAGGAAAAAGAAAAAAUAGAAAUUAUUUGCACGGAUGCAGCUAUUCAAUCAAUUUUGAAAGACAGAGAAAAAAGACGAGAAAUUGAACUUGAAGGUGAAAUAGCAAGACUCCGCAAAGAAAAUGAACGUAUUAUAAAAGAACGUGCUGAAUAUGAGAGUGCGAUACAACGAGCAUUACUUCGAGGUGUUUCAUCUUUGAAUGUUGAAGCAUUGAAAGUUUUACGUUGUCCACCAAUUCCAUGUUGUACUCCUUGUGCACCUUGUCCUGCUUCUGCUAUAGAAUCGGUUGUGCCAUGUGCAACCAGGAAAGGCACUGCAUCAACUGGGAUCGCUAAAAAUUGCGGCACUAAACGUAUCGGUAACGGAAAUACUAUUCAUGAAGAAAAUUGCACUGUGAAACGACCUUGCGCCAGUCCUUGUUGUUCUGCUGGAAGAAAUCGACAACCUGUAAUGAACAAUAGUACGAUAUUUCUUCUUCAUCAAGGAGAUACAGAAAAUAUUUGUGGAUCAAAUAAUGUUUCAGUGCCAAUUUGCGGUUCUCCAGUUAUGAAAAAAAUUGAAAUACCUCCAUGUCCUAGAUUUACUAUAUGAUAAGAUUUCUUUUUCUAUCAUUAAAAUUAGCUAUUUAAUUUCGUUAAUGUUAUCCGCAAAGUUUUAUGCAUACAUUGCGAAAAAAUGAUUUAUAUUGUAUUUACGUUUUCUAAAUAUAAUGUGAUGAUAAUAUAUAAUAUAAAAAGUAAAUUCAU